UAAUUUUCCUGAACGUCGAAGCAGAAAACACAGAGGCGCAGACGCGUGAACGGCGAUGCGCGCUCCCGAGAAUAAACAACUGACGCUUUCAUCCGGGAACUUCAUGGAACUCGCUCUCCAACAUGGCGGCGUCAGCUAAGAAGAAGACCAAGAAGGGGAAGACCUUCAGUCUCACCGACUUCCUGGCGGAGGACUCUGGAGGCAGCAGCCCCGCACCUCCCAGCUACCCAAACAAGUCCACAAGCUGGGCGGAUGAUACUGAUGACCUGGAAGGAGACGUCUCUACGUCAUGGCACACCGACGAGGAUUCGUACAGAGCGCCGCCCAUUGACCGCUCCAUCCUGCCGACAGCCCCUCGCUCUGCGCGUGAGCCCAACAUCAACCGCGCCAAACUGCCCCGCAGCCCGCCAUACACCGCCUUCCUCGGCAACCUGCCCUACGAGGUCACCGAGGAGUCCAUCAAGGACUUCUUCCGGGGCUUGGCUAUCAGCGCAGUGCGUCUGCCCCGAGAGCCGAACAACCCGCAGAAGCUGAAGGGCUUCGGCUAUGCCGAGUUCGAUGACGUGGAGUCCCUCCUGAGAGCUCUCAGUCUCGACGAGGAGAAUCUAGGGAAUCGCAGGAUUCGUGUUGACAUUGCAGAUCAGUCUGACAAAGAAAAAGAUGGUGGGCCCAUGGGGGGCAGAGACAGAGGGGGGCGCAUGGCCGACAUGGGACCUGACAAAACGGACAGCGACUGGAGAGCUCGGCCGAGUUCAGAUGCUGACGACGGGCCUCCACGGAGGGAUGAUGCUUUUGGAGAAAGAUCACGGGACCGUUACGAGUCAGACCGUUACAGAGACGGGCCGAGGCGCGACGAUCGAUACGAUGGAGGAAGAGACCGCUACCGCGAUCGCUAUGACGACCGGGACCGGAGAGACCGCUAUGACGACAGGGACCGCAGAGAUUAUGAUCGAGGCGGUUUUGAUUCUCGUGGCGGAGGAGGUCGCCGUGCCUUUGGUAGCGGCUUUCGUCGAGAUUACGAUGACAGUCGGGGCAGCAGUGAUCGCUACGGCGACAGGGAUCGCUAUGGUGAACGGGAAGAGCGAUACGAGAGACGAGCGGAGCCGCGUGAGGAGAGAGCUCCUCUUCAAAGACCCAAGUUGAACCUGAAGCCCCGGUCAGUUCCAAAAGAAGAAGAAGGUCCCAGCAACAGUGGCGGGACGUCUCCGGCGGCCGCUCCCAGCUCCGGCAGCAGAGCCUCAUCCAUCUUUGGUGGAGCCAAACCAGUUGACACAGCGGCCAAGGAGAGGGAGGUGGAGGAGAGGCUGAAGAAGGAGGAAGAGAGGCUGCAGAGGCAGCUGGAGGAAGACAAGAGCCGAGGACCUGACAGGAAGAUGAGGGACAGGUUAGAGGAACCCGGUUGGCGCAAUGAAGAAACUCACACUGAGCGAUCUCGCACAGGAAGCGAAUCUUCACAGCAAGGAAGCACUUCUGGUAAAGGUUCAAGGUGUCGAGAUAGCGAGCGCUCCGGGGAGAACGAGGUUUUCUCUGGGAGAGAAGGGGGCGCCACUUCCCCUGGGCCCUCACCUCAGAGCUCCUCCUCCAAAGAACCACUGAAGGUGAUGCCCGCUCCUCCUCCCAAGGAGAACGCGUGGGCCAAGCGAAGUGCAGCCAGCACGAGCUCCAACGAUGGAGACAGCCGGGCCCCGGUCUCCCCCGUCUCACCAGGCGGGUCCACUCCCCCCAAGUUCAGUUCCUCAAGUUCUUCAGAUGAAAAGGGUUCUGGAAAAGAUGAGAACAGGGGCCGGGGAGCCUCUCGGGGUCGAGGGGGGUCUGCAGGGUCUCCGGGGUCUCCUGCAGGCCCCCCAGGCCCUGCAGGGCCUGGAGCCGGGCGGGGCCGCGGAGAAGCGCCUAACAAAGAACGAAGAAAGGAGGCAGAAAGAAAGGACAUAAAAAAAGACAGAGACUCCAAACCCCCUCCUGAGCCAAAGAAAUACGAAGAAACCCCAACCCCCAAAUUCAGCUCUGCUAGCAAGUACGCUGCUUUGCUAAUGGACGGAGACCAAGGAGACGACGCAGAAGACGUGGAGUAGAGAACCCGGCGAGAAAACAAACAAACCGCCUCAUUGUCAUUUUCUUCAAAAAGAUAAUGACAAUUUUGGAAAAAAUAAAAAUAAAAUAAAGAAAAAAUGACCACACAUAGUUUAUUAAAAGACAGCUCCUCACACUCAAGUGGCUGGUGGGGAAAUGCCACUUCCUCCCUCUUUUCCUCUCUCAAACCUGACCCCCCCGUCCCCCCCUCCUCCUCUGCUUUCUUCCCUGCCAACAUCAGGACUUGUCAGUUCUAAAGAAUAGCCACAUACUGGACUUGUUUUAAAUGGAAAAGAGGAGAAGCUGACUCAUGGAAAAUGGAUGAAAUUGAAUUAAUUGUAAUAAAUAAAUGAAAAAAAGUGGGAAA